GACAGGCGCGGGGGCUCAGGUGGUUUCAUCGUCCGUCCGCGGCGUUGUUGUCACCGUAUUUGCUUAUCAGAUGGACCAGUCCCCUUCAUCCUACAUGCUUGCCAACCUGACUCAUCCCCACUCCGAGCAGUUAUUGCAGGGCCUGAAUCUUCUCCGGCAGCAUUGCGAGCUCUGCGACGUCAUCCUCAGGGUUGGUGAUGUCAAAAUCCACGCCCAUAAAGUGGUGCUGGCCAGUAUCAGUCCAUACUUCAAAGCCAUGUUUACUGGGAACUUAUCGGAGAAGGAAAACUCUGAGGUUGAGUUUCAAUGUAUUGAUGAAACUGCACUGCAGGCUAUCGUCGAAUAUGCAUACACAGGGACUGUGUUUAUUUCACAAGAUACAGUGGAAUCUCUAUUACCAGCUGCAAACUUGCUUCAGAUCAAACUAGUACUGAAGGAAUGUUGUACAUUCCUCGAAAGCCAGCUUGAUCCUGGGAACUGCAUUGGCAUUUCACGUUUUGCUGAAACUUAUGGUUGCGAUGACUUGUACCUUGCUGCCAACAAGUAUAUCUGCCAGAAUUUUGAAGAGGUCUCUCAGACUGAGGAGUUUUUUGAGCUGAGCCACACAGAGUUGGAUGAAAUAAUCUCAAAUGACUGUUUGAAUGUUGUGACUGAAGAGUCUGUGUUCUAUGCGCUGGAAUCGUGGAUAAAAUAUGAUAUACAAGAAAGACCAAAAUAUAUGGCACAGCUACUGCACUGUGUUCGAUUGCCAUUAUUAAGUGUGAAGUUCCUGACAAGAUUGUAUGAAGCAAAUCAGCUGAUUCGUGAUGACCAUACCUGCAAGCACCUUCUCAAUGACGCACUCAAAUACCAUUUUAUGCCAGAGCACAGAUUUUCCCAUCAGACUGAGUUGCUGACACGGCCACGUUGUGCUCCUAAAGUGCUUUGUGCUGUUGGAGGAAAAACUGGACUGUUUGCUACAUUAGAUAGUGUGGAGAUGUAUUUUCCUCAGACCGAUUCCUGGACAGGCCUGGCACCACUUAGCAGUCCACGCUAUGAAUGUGGAAUUGCUGUGGUAGACCAGAAACUUUAUGUAGUGGGAGGAAUUGCAACCCACGUGCGGCAAGGCAUCAAUUAUCGGAAACAUGAGAAUUUGGUGGAGCACUGGAACCCAGAAACCAACAAGUGGACAUCCUUGGAAAGAAUGAACGAGUCUCGAAGCACUCUUGGGGUGGCAGUAUUAGCAGGCGAGCUAUAUGCCUUGGGUGGUUAUGAUGGGGAGAAUUAUUUACGUUCUGUGGAAAAAUAUAUUCCUAAAGUCAAAGAAUGGCAGCCAGUUGCACCCAUGGUUAAAACUCGGAGCUGUUUUGCAGCUGCAGUUUUAGAUGGAAUGAUAUAUGCCAUUGGAGGCUAUGGUCCUGCUCACAUGAACAGUGUGGAGUGUUAUGAUCCAUGCAAAGAUUCCUGGGAGAUGGUAGCUCCAAUGGCUGAUAAAAGAAUUAACUUUGGUGUUGGUGUAAUGCUUGGCUUCAUAUUUGUUGUCGGUGGGCACAAUGGUGUGUCACACUUACAGAGUGUUGAGAGAUAUGAUCCCCAUCAAAAUCAGUGGACCUUGUGCAGACCUAUGAAUGAUCCCAGAACAGGAGUUGGUGCAGCUAUUAUAGAUAACUACCUCUAUGUAGUGGGAGGUCAUUCUGGGUCGUCCUACCUGAACAUAAUGCAGAGGUAUGAUCCGAUCUCGGACGCCUGGUCAGACUGUGCUGGUAUGUUGUCAUGUCGGUGCAACUUUGGGCUGACUGCAUUUUAACAGCUGUUUGAUUAUGAAGGACAUAUUGUGCAUGAAAAAGGUGACCAUUCUCGCUGAAACUGAAGAUUCGAAACCUAUUGGGUUUUACUGAGAACUUUGGCUGCUACUGUUGGUUUUUACUGUGCUGAAAGUUUUUGUUCACCUUUUUAAUUGAAUGGAUUAUAUUGUAUGAUUGUACAUUUAUGGGGAAGAAAAAACGAUGCCUGAAACAGUUGGAGCUCGUUGGAAGCUCUAGCUUUUCCACCUUACAAACAUUCCCCUCCAUUUUUAAGGACCUUUACCUUUUCUUCCUCAUUUUUCUUCCUCAUUUUACUCAUAAAGAAUUACACAAAUACAAAGCCAAUAACACAACUCAUUGUAUGUAUACAACAUGAUGUGUGCCUGUGGGAUUUUUGUGCCAUGAGGGUUCAUUGGAUUACAUGUUACAUUUAACAUCAGUGCUUCACUGUAUGAAGAUUAAUACUUAAGGGCUGCCUUUUCAUACCUGUAACUCAACACUUUUCUAUGGUGUGCUUGUCUGUAUUGUGUCAUGUGACUAUAGUGUGUAGGCCUGGAUGAGAAAUUGGUAGAAAUAUAUAAUAUAUUGUAAACAUUUGUGUAUGAUGUAACAUCGACAAUCUUCCAGCUGGACCAAUAAGGUCACCUGAAUUUGUGCAGCAUAAAAUUUACUAUUUGAACUAUGAUGUUUUAAAGGGACUUAAUAGAAUUGAACAUAUAAAAAGGUGAUCUUAAAUUCAGUUAUAAUUCUGAAAACUAAAACUAAAUCUCUUUUCAGCAGUUGUGGUUCUCAUUUCUAAUAACAUGGCAACUGGUUUAGAAAGUUCUAAACUUGCAAACAUGAUUGUAAGCCUGUAUUCACAAGACAGUAGUGUAGGAAUGUACAACCUUUUGAUAUGCUCAGUUCUUUAACCAGCUUUGUGAAUAUGGGCUUAUUUUAAUGGAUGUUAAAAUUCUUGUUGCAUUUGUAAUUGUUACUGCAUUGUCCAGCUCUAACGUGCAAGUGAUAGGUUUGUUGCUGUGCUGUUUUUUUUAAAUCUACAGCUGCUGUUGAAGGGAGAGUGUUUAGAUUUAGUAUUUGGUGCUAUCCUAGGAUUCAGGACACUGAUAAUUGUUUAUGUUGUAGCCUGUCUCAUGAAUUAUUUUGACUUUUUAUUUUCACUCCCAUUGUUUUUUUUAUGAGUAGAACUCAUAUGUGCCUCUGAGCAAUUAAACCCUGGAGAAAAGGAGUUUUAUAUAGUGAAUUUUCUGCACUUUUUUUUAACCCUAAUUAAGCUGAAUAAAGAAAUCCAUCCAAUUGCAGUGACUAACAUUGUAAGGGUGAGUUGAUAAUUCAGCUGGUCACUGUUAUCAUUUGCCUCAUGAUGAAUUAUUUUCCUUACUGUAUAUGUGAGCCAAUUUUUAAAUAACUUUGCUUGCCAAAUUUUUUAUGUUAAUCUUUUUGUAUGUUUAACCCAAGUGUGUCACUUUACAUUUUUAUUUGAAAGCUGCAGUAUCUUGUAGGAAAACCCAUGUUAAGCUUAUUUGGAAUGGUGCUUUAUAUUGAUACAAUAAAAUGUAAAACCUAAGCAAUGCAGGAACAUUUAUUAACAACUUGCAUUAUUAAGACAUUGAUUGAGAUUAUACCUCCUUUCCUUAACUUGCCUGGAGGACGUUGAAUAUGGUCUAGCAGGGAAGACCAUGCUUUGGAAUUGAAGAUGGUGCCAUAGAACAAUCUGAAAAAAAAACUGAUGUUUUCUUGAUCAAUAAGAAGAACGCCACUGACAAUUUAGGGAUGUACCUCAAAUUCAUUUUUUGUUUGUCAGUAGCUAUGCCUUGUGAAAGCAACCAGUUGCACUGUUUUUGAAAUAUUAUAGAGUAUUUCCCUAUAAAGUCUGCAGCUCUGUAUACUUCAAUGUGCAAAACAAAGUAGGGGUAAAUGAUACUGGCAGAGGUUUGUUUGAAUUAUCAGUUUAAUACCGUAAAACAUUUUGUUUGGCUGAAUUACUGCUACAAACAUUAGUAAUGUUAUGACCAGACCAGCAAAGUGCAAAUUUUGUACACUUGGUCAAUAAGAGUUAUAUUUAAUCUUGACUGUAAAUUCAAGUGGUUUUUGAGACUGCAUGAAGGGUAUGGUAUGUAUGUGCACACAUAUUAGUGUUUCAGAUAAGGCAAAAUCCUCCUCCUAGUUAGCUAUCCUUAAACCCUCUGGAAGUUAGUUCUUUUGCUUCUAGACCUUGACAGUAAAGGCUACAAAUGUUUGUUGGUAUUUUGAAUAAAAUUGUGCAAUAACA